GCCGCCACAGCCCGGACACGGCCGCCCCGCCGCCCCGCCAUGGAGGCCAUCAAGAAGAAGAUGCAGAUGCUGAAGCUGGACAAGGAGAAUGCCAUCGACCGCGCCGAGCAGGCCGAGGCCGACAAGAAGGCCGCCGAGGACAGAUGCAAGCAGGUGGAGGAGGAGCUGACGCACCUCCAGAAGAAGCUGACGGGGACGGAGGACGAGCUGGAGAAAUACUCCGAGGACCUGAAGGACGCGCGGGAGAAGCUGGAGCUGACGGAGAAGAAGGCGUCCGACGCUGAAGGUGACGUGGCGGCGCUCAAUCGGCGCAUCCAGCUGGUGGAGGAGGAGCUGGACAGGGCUCAGGAGCGGCUGGCCGCGGCCCUGCAGAAGCUGGAGGAGGCGGAAAAGGCUGCGGACGAGAGCGAGAGGGGGAUGAAGGUGAUAGAAAACCGGGCAAUGAAGGACGAGGAGAAGAUGGAGAUCCAGGAGAUGCAGCUCAAAGAGGCCAAGCACAUCGCGGAGGAGGCCGACCGCAAGUACGAGGAGGUAGCUCGCAAGCUGGUCAUCUUGGAGGGCGAGCUGGAGAGGGCAGAGGAGCGGGCCGAGGUGUCCGAGCUAAAAUGCGGCGACCUGGAAGAAGAGCUCAGGAACGUCACUAACAACCUGAAGUCGCUGGAGGCUGCCUCCGAGAAGUAUUCUGAAAAGGAGGACAAAUACGAGGAAGAAAUUAAACUUCUUUCGGACAAGCUGAAAGAGGCUGAGACCCGUGCGGAGUUUGCCGAGAGGACGGUCUCGAAACUGGAAAAGACAAUCGAUGACCUGGAAGAAAAACUCGCCCAGGCCAAAGAAGAGAACGUGGGCUUACACCAGACACUGGAUCAGACACUAAACGAACUUAACUGUAUAUAACCGGACGGAAGAGUCUUGUCCCAACACAGCUCCAGAGCCCCACGUCUUUCUCUUCUCUCGUAAGAGGUUUCUUUUGUUAUCCAGUCUUCGCUUUGCUGGAAAUGUCAAGCAAAUUAUGACCAAAUAUUUUGUAUCAGAGAAGCUUUGAGCACCAGUUAAAUCCAAUUCCUUCCUUUUUCUCAAAUGGCACCAGCUUUUUCAGAUCUUUUUUUUUUUUUUUCUUUUCUUUCCUUAAGUUGCAUUUAUUCCUAAGGUAGGCAGGGUAUUUCAUAUUGAGCAUCCUCUCUCAAGACCAAGGGCGUUUGGUUCCUGGGAGAACAGACAACCCCACGCUUUCCCAAACACAGACUAACUCCAGUAGCUAGUCCUGGACCAGUUCAGAACGCUGAGGAACAGAACCCUCUGGGUCACCGCUGGUCAAACUACGGGAGACUAGGGACUAACCCACGGGUGGGGAUUUUCCAUCCAGAGCAAAUAAAAGGUGGCGGGGGGGGGGGUGCUCUUGUGGGGAGCCAUAAGCCACAGGUAGAUUAGCCUGGUCAUGCGGGCCCCUCUCCACACCCCACUGCAGAACAAACAUCCUCCUGAGCAGUUAAGCACAAGAAUGCCAUGCUUGGGAAACGGCUGCAGUAAUUACCCAGAUAUUUUCUGGCUAGGUCCUCGAUGUCACGUUCUCCUCCGCAUCCCUCCAUUCUAACGUGGUCCUCUGAGGACCAAGUGUCUUAGUCCAAUAGUGACCCGUGUUUUUCUGCUGGGAUAGAAUGCCGUCCACUCAGCGGGAAUAUGGUGGCGUUCGGUCCUGUUCGGGUCAGCUAUAUCAAAAAGACUGACCUGCUACUGAUAAACUGAGCAAAAGACUUUUUUUUUCCUAUUAGCAGAAGGGGCUUCUCUGGCAGCAGAGCAGAGAUUUUUUUAAAAAAUGGGCCCAACUUCAUUCCCAUACUUUACGGAAUGGCGAAUUGAAGAACUACUCGUCUAGGACUUUAAUUCCUUCUUCAGGACCAAGUUAAUAAAAGACCAAGAAACUCCUGAUUAAACUGGAUGAUGGAGUAUUUUGUAGACAGGGCUGCACAUGCUGGCUUCGUUGUAUUUGUUUUCUCAGUUAACAUCUCAGAGCUGAGACAUUCCACAUUCCCCAAGUGUGGGGGCCCAAUCAAGUUUACAAGUCUGACCGAAAAGUCACCCUGCUUCUAGCUUAUCUGAGUCCCCUGCCCCCUCACUCCUAUUUAUUAAGCAUCACACUACCCGGGAGAUACACUAGCAAAUUGUGCAACUGAAUGAAAUUCACACUCCUCUUUUAGAUUCUUGCAACUGUAUCAUAUGUAAUAGUAUCACUUUUUCUACAUUUUGGUCAAAUAAAUUUUUACAUAAACUACAA